AUGGAGGCCACAGAGCGCAUAAUGGAUGAUCUAGAUUUUACUGAUGAGCAGAAGCUCAAGGGGUUUGUGUCUCUGCUUCGCGAUGAGGCAUACCAGUGGUGGUUGACCGUUAAGGAGGGUACUCAACCUGAUAGGUUAACUUGGGAUUUGUUUAAGACCACCUAUCAGAGUAAGUAUGUGGGAGCUAGCUACAUUGACGCUCGACGAUGUGAGUUUUUGAAUCUCACUCAGAGAGACCGUUCAGUGGCCGAGUGUGAGGCUGAAUUUCUAAGGCUGAGUCGCUAUGCGAGGGGCAUGGUGACGAAUGAGUAUGAGCGCUGUGUUCAAUUUGAGGAUGGUCUUCGUGACAGUCUGCGAGUUCUGAUAGCUCUUCAGAGAGAGCGAGAUUUCUCAGUCUUGGUUGAGAAGGCCAAGAUAGCCGAGUAG